AUGCCCACCAAGCGUUUCUUGGGCCUCAAUGGCACCAAGCUGCAAAUCGCUAUCGGUAUUCUCGCCGGUAUGGACUUUCUGUUGUUCGGCUACGACCAAGGUGUGACCGGUGGUCUCCUGACGCUCGAGUCGUUUACCAAAUACUUCCCAACCAUCGAUACCCGCAAGGCCACUCUGAAUGGAAUGACCGCCGCCGAGUCGAGCACUCAAACCACUCGCCAGGGUAUCACUGUCGCCGCCUAUAAUCUGGGAUGUUUCGCUGGGUCGAUCCCCACGAUUUGGAUCGGUAACAUGCUGGGACGCCGCCGCGCCAUCUUCCUGGGUUCGUUUAUUAUGUGUAUCGGGGCCAUCCUGCAGACGACGUCCUACGAUCUCGCCCAGUUGGUCGUCGGCCGAUUGGUAACUGGUUUCGGAAACGGCAUCAACACGUCAACGGUGCCCACCUGGCAAUCGGAGUGCUGCAAGUCCCACCGUCGCGGCCAGAUGGUCAUGAUCGAAGGCGCCAUGAUUACCUGCGGUAUCACCAUUAGUUACUGGAUUGAUUUCGGUCUGAUGUUCGCCGAUCCCAACGAGGUGUCCUGGCGAUUCCCCUUGGCCUUCCAGAUCUUCUUUGCCGCCAUUAUCUUGGUCUUCGUCAUGUUCCUGCCCGAGUCGCCCCGUUGGCUCAUUCUGAAGGGUCGGGAGGCCGAGGCGAAGGUCGUGUUGGCCAGCUUGAUGGGUGACGAGACCGACGAGCUGUUCGUGGAGACGGAAUUCACGGCGAUCAAGGCGACUGUCCUGGAAAUGGCCAAGGGCUCGUUCCGCGACAUGUUUACCAUGACCGAAGACCGUCACUUCCACCGGACGAUGCUGGCCUACGUCAACCAAAUGUUCCAGCAGAUUUCGGGUAUCAACCUCAUCACCUACUACAUCCCCACCCUGCUGGAGGAUCAGGUCGGCCUCACUCCGACCCUCUCGCGCCUGAUCUCGGCAUGCAACGGCACCGAAUACUUCCUGGCUUCCUGGGUGGCUGUGUUUACGGUCGAGAAGUUUGGUCGUCGGACUCUGAUGCUCUUCGGUGCCGUCGGCAUGUCGCUCUCCAUGGUGGUUUUGGCCAUCACCGACAGCAUUUCGGCAGCGAAUCCACAGACUCCCCUGGGUACCAGAGCUGGUAUUGCCCAGACGGUCUUCCUGUUUGUGUUCAAUAGCUUCUUCGCCAUCGGCUGGCUUGGUAUGACCUGGCUCUACCCGGCCGAGAUUGUGCCGCUGAAGAUUCGUGCCCCGGCCAACGCUUUGUCUACCUCGUCCAACUGGAUUUGGAACUUCAUGGUUGUAAUGAUCACCCCGGUUGCCUUCAACAACAUUAGCUACAAGACUUACAUCAUUUUUGCUGUCAUCAAUGCUUUCAUCGUUCCCGUCGUCUACUUCUUCUUCCCGGAGACCACCAUGCGCUCCCUGGAAGAGAUGGACCGCAUCUUCCGCAAGACUACCACUGUCUUUAAUGUGGUCACGCUGGCCCGUGAGGAGCCCCAUAUGUACGGUCCGAACGGCGAGCUCCUGCGCACUUUGGAUGACGUCGAGGAUGAAGCUGUCCGUCGCGCCAGCAUCCUGAAUCGGGAGGGCAAGACCGUCACUCAGCUCCACCGCGAACACGCGGGGGAGAAGGGCAGUGAUGGAAGCUCCAGCGGAGAGAAAUAG